AAAAUAUUCGUUAUAGUCAAGCCUACGCCAUAGUAGAAUUGGUGUAAGUAAGCGCCCUCUAGUGGCCAAGCCUCGGUAUUCAGAGUUGCGCAUGCGCAGAGGAAACUCAAACGGUGUGUGUAAUGGCUGCCUGAUGGAUUGAAAUUGAGGCCUGUUUGGUGCCCUGCUGGUCAUGGCAAUGAAGACCCGUGUGGAAGCGGUUCUGAACGUGGGUCUGCGGAUCCCCAGCAUCAUGCUGCUAGAGGUCCUGUACCGAUGGGACGUCAGCUCCUUCUUCCAGAAGAUCCAGAGAAGCAGUCUCAACAAUAACCCCCUCUUCCAGUACAAAUAUAUAGCCCUGUACCUGCAUUAUGUCGGUUACAUCCUCAGCCUGGUGUUGUUGACUUUACCCCGGCAGCACCUGGUGCAGCUCUACCUCUACGUGCUCACAGCUCUCCUGCUCUUCGCUGGACACCAGCUUUCUAGGGAUUACGUGCGCGGAGAGCUGGAAUCCGGUUUCGAGGGUUCCCUCUACUUGGAGCCCCUGUCUAUGAACCGCUUUACCACAGCACUCAUCGGUCAGGUUGUGGUGUGUACGCUGUGUUCCUGCGUCAUGCAGACCAAACAGAUCUGGCUGUUUUCUGCACACCUGCUCCCCCUAGUGGCUAGACUGUGCCUCGUGCCCCUGGAGACCAUCGUCUUCAUCAACCGCUUUGCUAUGAUCUUCACCGGUCUGGAGGUGCUCUACUUCAUCGCCUCCAACCUGCUGGUGCCCUACAAUCUGGCCAAAACUGCCUACAGAGAGCUGGUACAGGUGGUGGAGGUGUAUGGUCUGCUGGCUCUGGGCAUGUCUCUGUGGAAUCAGCUGGUUCUGCCUGUUCUCUUCAUGUGCUUCUGGCUGGUGCUGUUCGCACUGCAGAUAUACACCUACUUCAGCACACGGGACCAGCCGCCCUCCCGAGAGAGGCUGCUCUUCCUGUUCCUCACCAGUAUCGCUGAGUGCUGUAGUACUCCUUACUCACUGUUGGGGCUGGUCUUCACGGUUUCUUUUGUGGCGCUGGGCGUCCUCACUCUCUGCAAGUUCUACCUGCAGGGUUACAGAGCUUUCAUGAAUGACAACGCCAUGCACAGAGGCAUGACGGAGGGGAUCACUCUACUGAUCUUGGCUGUUCAGACUGGUCUCAUUGAGCUCCAGGUCAUUCACAGAGCUUUCCUCCUCAGCAUCAUCCUCUUCAUCGUGGUGGCCUCCAUCCUGCAGUCCAUGCUGGAGAUUGCUGACCCCAUAGUUUUAGCACUGGGGGCCUCCAGAGACAAGAGUCUGUGGAAGCACUUCCGAGCAGUGAGCCUGUGUCUUUUCCUGCUGAUCUUCCCUGCUUAUAUGGCUUACAUGAUCUGCCAGUUCUUCCGCAUGGACUUCUGGCUGCUCAUAAUCAUCUCCUCCAGCAUUCUCACGUCACUGCAGGUUCUUGGCACCCUUCUGAUCUACAUCCUCUUCAUGGUGGAGGAGUUUCGUAAGGCUCCGGUUGAGAACAUGGAUGAAGUCAUCUACAUCGUGAACGGGACCUACCGACUCCUGGAGUUCCUGGUGGCCGUGUGCGUGGUGGCCUACGGGGUUUCGGAGACCCUGUUUGGAGAAUGGACUGUAAUGGGCUCCACCAUCAUCCUGGUUCACUCCUACUAUAACGUGUGGCUAAGGGCCCAGCUGGGCUGGCAGAGCUUCCUGUUGCGCAGAGAUGCAGUUCACAAGAUCCAGAACAUGCCCACUGCUUCCACAUUACAACUCCAGCAACAUAAUGACAUCUGUUCGAUCUGCUUUCAGGAUAUGAAGUCUGCUGUCAUCACGCCUUGCAGCCACUUUUUUCAUGCCGCCUGCUUAAAGAAGUGGCUGUACGUACAAGAGACAUGUCCUCUGUGCCACGGGCAACUCAAAAGCCAAUUACAGCCAAUUAGCUCUCCAGGUGCCGCCGCCCAAGGCACUCCACCGGCCAAUCAGAACCCAGCAGAGGUGGAGCAGGAGCAGAGUGAUCCACAGAUUGAGUUGGACACUGAGGAAGGCACCCAAGCAGAAAACACUCCCCUAAUGAUAACCUCAGCCGAGCCCGAAAUUGAAAUGGACUCGCUAUCGGGGAGCUCCAAAGCCCAGCCCAAAGAAUGUGACGUAGGGACAGAUGGCAGCGCAUGCCCAGCUGGUGGUUUGGAGGAUGAGGAUGAUGGUUCAUGCAGCACAUCAGAUGUCCAAUCCUCUUCAUGAGCAAAUGACAGCGCUCAACUUAUCAGCCUAUUAGGUGUCGCCACACACACUUCAUAUUGCCAAUGUUGAGGACUACAUGGUUAAGGGGAUAGUUCACCCCCGAAAUAAAAGUCCUGUCAUCAUUUAAUCACACGUAAACACUUUUUCAGUGGAACACAAAAGGAGAUAUUUAGAAGUUUGUUCUAGCUGCUCUUUUCCAUGUAAUGAACAGGAAACGAGGACUCCAAAAAUGACAAAAAAACAUCUCCAUACAAG